GUCAAAAGUGACAGCCGGUAAGAGAAUUUAUGAAUCAAAACAAAACACUAAAACAGUGGUGAACAUGUGAACAUCAUUUUAAAUACGUUAGCCACAUUAUCAGGACAUAAAUGACAAAAUACGUAUCUUUAGUAUUUUUCCUUUAAAAUGAUAAUAACAUUGCAAACUUUGAUAUUCUUUCGGGAAUCUUUAAUAUCCGUGAUCGAUAGAUUGCUGAGGCCGUAUUACAAAAGAAUUACUGGGCAAUUGAAAACAAAUGACAACAGUGAAGAUGAAGACUCUUUUGAUGAACAUGUUUCUGCAGAAUAUGAUAAUGUUAAGGGGGUAGUAUUUUUUCCACCGGUAUGUGCGCAGCGGUAUGCCGCUGUCGUCGAUUGCCUUAUGGAUGAGCGUUGGAGUGGUCAAUUGGAAAAGGUUGUGGAAUUUGGUUACCAUGACUUGAGCUUUACAAAGUACUUGAAAGAUGUACCUGGAGUUAAACAUAUUCUUGGUGUUGAUCUUGAGAGCAUACCUCUUAAGUGUUCCUCUGACCUACUGGUAUGUGAUACCUAUGUGCCAAAGAGAGAAGAUCCAUUGUAUGUUACUCUAUUUCAAGGAAAUGCAGCUGACCCAGAUUAUAGGCUGAUAGGAUGUGAUGCAGUUGUAGCCAUUGAGAUGAUAGAACACAUGUUCCCUCACGACCUGGACAGAUUUGUUCAUAAUGUGUUCGGAUUUAUUAAACCAAGAGUAGUAGUUCUAACAACUCCCAAUGGUGAUUUUAAUGUCCUCUUCAAAUAUCUGCAACCAAAUGGUUUUAGAAGACUUGACCAUUUCUUUGAGUGGAGCAGAGAACAGUUUCAUGACUGGUGCAGUAACAUUGUUAGUCGCUAUCCACAGUACACGGUCGUUACUAAAGGAAUAGGCCCUGGACCCCCUGAUACAAAGCAUCUUGGUUGCUGUAGUCAGCUUGCAUUAUUUGUUGCCAAGGAAUAUCAGAAACAGCCCGAUUUAACACUCAACAGUCUGGCUCUUGUUGCAAGUGGACCUAGCCCGAAUAAUUUAAGUGAUAUAUCUGAUAGUUGGGAGAGCCCAGAUUCGAUCUCAGAUGAUAUGCUGUGCUUAGAAAAUAACGAUGAAUCAUACGCCAAGUUAUUAAUAAAUCAGCAAUCAUGUAUGACAAUAGUUAUAACAACAUCGCCUAUACUUUCUCUCGAAAAUCUGAGAUAUCAAGAUAAAACACUCCAGUGUAAUUUAGAUUUGGAACUAGGAAAGAAUUUUCUUAUGUUUGAUGAUGAGAUGCACUUCAAUGUACUUAUACCGAGCAGAAAAAAGUUUAAUAGAGUUUAUGAGAUAGAAGAUGUUGCCAGCAGGUUAAACUGUUCAACAAUUCAAGUAAAGAAAUUCACAAAAGUCACACAGGGUUUAAUGGCGAAGAAUAAGACUGAUAAUUUUGAUCAUACACGAGAAGUAGUUGAUGAAAUACGUUACUUAACUAAGAUGCUCAAUUUUAAUAAAGACAAAACAAAUGAGGAGUUCGGAGAACAUCAUGUUUGGUACAAUAUAAAUUGGGGAGAUAAUGCGCCUUACUGGAAUCAAUAUUACAAAAUUGUUAGGGAGUAUAAUUAUCCAUAUGAGGUUAAAUCCGAGGACAGCCGUAUUCUGGAUACAAUAUCGGAGGAAUUAAAUGCUUUCGUAGAUAGUGUGAUUCCUGGAGAUUUUUCGGGAGAAUCACAUAAAAUAGCGAUACCUAUUGAUCAAUUGAUGAAAGCUGUAAAACAUAUUACAACUGAUGUUGACAAAGUGAAGGAGCUUCUUGAUUGGAAUGGCUAUGAUAUAAUGGACGAUUUAGUGAUAUACACUCGUUUAGUGGUCGACAAUAUAUCUUUAGACACUCAAGAUGGUGUUCGGCAAGAGGAUGCUAGAUCCAAUUGGGACAUUUCUGGUGUGCAUUCCACUUCAAUAUCAGAUGAUAGCGCGGCUGUGCCAGCCUAUAAUGGUUUGCGCCGCUGUCUUCUACGCGCUCUUGAUCAGAAAGUACGUAAGCUACGAACAUUGCUUACUGCUGACGAAGAUAUAACAAUAGAAUUAGAUCGCAUCGUCUGUCGCUUGAUGAAAUUAGCUCUGUACACUAGUAAACAACGCCCAAAUCCACCGCCAGCUAAUUGGAUGCAGUUAAAGUUAUUUGACCUUCUCACUCUUGCGGAAAAAGCCAUUGAAAGAAGGAGACGACAUUACUUUGAGAGUUAUCAAAUGAAACCUAUUGAGUAUUGUGAGAAUUCAUUAUACACUUUUAAUAAAGUUAAUACAAUUCACAAUUUAACAAAUGCUAAUGAUCCGGUAACGUUUAAUUCAGACGUAUAUGACGUCAUUCUGAAAACAAAUGAUGACAUUAACGAAGAGAUUAUCAAUAAUUCUAUCGAAUUGGUUCCUUUAUUAUAUAAUAAUUAUUCAAAAAGCAAUGAAAACAAUGAUAACGAAAUAAGACGUAAUAGAAUUGAUUCUUUUCUAAAAAUGUAUAGUCCACCUAUUAUCAAUGAAGUAACAACUUCAAAACUAAGUAUUUGUAAAGCGAGUGAAACAAUUAUUGAACCCAUUUGUGAAAGCAAUCAAAAUAGUGAGUACAGAAAGAAACCUAAGAAAAUAAACACUGUUAAAAAGGUCAGCAGUAAAAUAAAUGGUCGAUACAAAAUUAAAAGAAGAAAAUCAAGAGAGCAUCACAAGCUACAAUCUAAAUUAUCGAAACCGAUUCCUGAUAGUUUGAUAAAACUUUGCAAUCCUGAUCGACAAGGGGAAAAAAGUUUGGAAGAAUUUUAUCAUUCAGUCAACUAUGAUAAUAAUGCUAAAAAUAUAAACCAAUUUAUAGACGCAGAACGUGAUAUAUCUGCUACUGAAGAGAGCCUAUUUAUAGGUAUAGUUACAGAAAACGGCGAAGAAUCUAUUCCAUUGCGUCGCAAUAUUGGAAUUGAUCCUCCUCUUGAAUUUGAAGUUGUUGACAACGAAGUAUUGGAAAGUGUUAUUAAUAUAACAAAAGAUGAGGACUUUCUCUGUAAGACAAAUAAAGAUACAGAAAGUAUAGCUUCAGAGACGAUUUUUAUAUAUGACAUAAAUGAACCAACAACAUCGAGGGGCAUUCGAAAAUUUAGUACAGAUGCUCAAUGUGGUCCAGACGUCUCUUUAACUCGUGUAGCAAUUUCGGCUACAACUUCAUCGUCUGUAAUACCAAAUAUUUUCUCCAACGGUAUUAAAAUAGAAGAUUCUGAAACUAACACACAAAUCACUAAAAAAACUAGCGAGUUUGGUACGUGUACUGAAUUCACCAACAAUGCAACAAGAAUGUGUUAUUUUCCCACAGCUAUGGGUAUUACAAUUAAAGAUUCUGAUGGUGAUAUGUUUAACGUAAAAUGUUUAACAAUGACACAGGCAACGGAAGAACUUCCUUUUAUUUCUAAUUAUCCUAAAGAAUGUGCUAACUCAGAUACUAAAGUCUUAAAACCUGAAUCUAGCGUUCUUAAAGUAGGAGAUUCUGGUUCUGAAAAUAGUUGUAUAAUCAGUUUGCCAAAAUCACCGUCACAAUUCACAAAUUCACUGAAAAAUAUGAGCGACAUAUGCAUCCAAUCAUUUAGCGAAGAAAACGUUGCGGCCCAAAAAUCUCAAAUAAGCUAUAUUCAGAAAAACCUUAUUUGUGGAGGGGUUCAUGUGCACAGCUUUAAGGAACGUGUAGUUUCUGAAGAUGUACUUUAUCAAGGUGAAUGGCAACGCAUGCGUCCAACGCGUCGAAAAAAUUCUCACACUAUUGUUAUAAAAAGAAGCAAUUCACUUCAAAAGAAGAAGAAAUCAAACGACAUGAAACAGAUGAAUACUGUUAACGCUUCAGUAAAUUUAAAAGUAAAUAAACCAAAAAAACUACCUAUAAAACCAACAUUAAAAAGAAUCAAUACGAUGAAAACUAAAACGCCAGAUCGAGUCUUUCGUGAAAGCCGCAUAGUAGAUUUUAAUCCUGAACAACCCAAAAACAAAAUGAAAAUUUCUGACAAGAAAAAUUAUAUACCGCUGUAUUUAAGACGAAGAAAACGCCGCUAUAAUACUGAUUGUGAUAAUAAAAAUAAAUUUGAUACCAAGAUUGCAUGUUUAGAUAAAGAUAAAGUAGAAUUAUUCAAUUUUAUUAAAGAAAGUAUCAUUCGAGAGUUAUUGAAAUUUACCGCCACUACGAAAAUUAAAAAUGACUACAUAGUAUGUCGUAAUGAAAAUGAAUUAAAGGGUAGUGUCAGUCCAAAAUUUCCAACAUCUACCGAAGAAAGAAUUUAUAAUAACAAUAGUCACAACCGAAAUCAAAGUCCAACUUCUCAAAAUAGCUCCACUUGUUCAUCGCCUAAUAGUGUAGCCACUGUUCGCGCUGCAUAUACUCAAAAUACAACAAUAUCACACUGUAAAGGUGCGAGUAGUAAAAGUGCAUCUACAGAAAAAAGCACAACAGGUUUUGAAGCAGAAAAUAAAUUUGUAAAAAAUAAAGGUUACACAAAGCGUUACAAGAGCGUCAAAAAAUUUCUCACUAAAUCAACAGCUAUGUGCAGUAACAAAGAAAAUAUUCCAGAAUCAUCUAAAAAUAUUUCAUUUAGAAAAGAAAUAUCGAAGAGCAUCGCUGGUCCGUUCCUUGGAAAAACUAAGGGCGUUUUUAUGGCACAAUCUGCUACUGGAAACUCGACGCUUAAACCAAUUUCGGCAACGGUCAUAAAAAAAUGUUUCAAAAAUUUAAUACCCACUCACGAUAAUCUUAGAGAUAAUCAAACGUGUUACUUAACCGAUGACUCAAGGUCUAAUAAAAUAUUAAAAUGUACUAAGGACUUAGUUGAUAGCCCUAGUGAUUGCAGCGAUAAAGGGUUAACCGAGUCUAAUACCAUCAGCAACGACUCAUAUUUCUUACAAUCUGUAGAUGAUGAGCAACUUUCUCUUACUGGCAAUAAAGAAGAGAAUCCACACGUAUUCGAGAGUCCUAAACAGUCUGUUCACAAUACAGAUAGUAUUAUGUUUGCUAUAAGACAACUAAUAGAACAAAAAAUACAUAUCACUGAAACUAGUUCUCGCGAUAGCAUCGAUUCAGGAUCUGAAACAAUAAUAUUAAAUAGAAACGAUAUUCAUAACAGUAGUUUUAACAGCAGCUCAUCUCCUUUAAGUAUUACAACAGUUAUUGCUACAGAAGACAAUAUUUUAGAAAGUGAUAUUGAAAAUGCAUUACGUGAUCUUUCCAAAUCAGAUAAAAACGUCUCAAUUACAAAUUAUACUGAUGCCAAAACAACGCUAAAAGAAAUCGACUCUCUUUCAAUGAAAUCAAGCGACUUAUCAUCAGUAUCGACUUCAAAAUUUUCAGAGUACUAUUUAGCAGACAACGAAUUCGAUAACACAUUAAAUAUAACUUCGGUACAAGAUAUAUUUGAACGAAGUGAUCGUAGUACUAUAAAUAAUAUAGACGGUCUUUUAGCUGCACAGGCUUUUAGCGGAUUUUCAAUAAAUACUGGCUCAUUUGUAAGAGAUCGUAUAGAUAAUGUGAACUUGAUUGAUUCUGAAACUGCUAGUAUAGCGUUAAGUUCUGCAAGACAAGCUGUUUCAGAGGAAUUGUUUGUAUCUGGCCGAUCUUCUGAUACUUACGAAUCGUGCCUCGUUGAUGAUGAUAUAAGUGUUCCUAAUUGGCUUUUCAAUGCCAUCAGUCAACAACCAUCGAUUGAAGAAUCAGAAGCUGAAGACGAUUUUCUUCCAAUUCUACUGGGAGAACCAGUUUUCGAUCUGAAUGGAAACGAAAUAGAACCAGGGGUUGGGAUUGGUGCCGGUGCUGGUGAUGGGAGGGGUAUACACAGUGACCAAUCUCAGGACAGCUCUGGGAGAGGGACCUCGCUUAGCUCAAGUGCUUCGUCUGGACCAAGUGAGGCUAUAUUGGUAGAUUUAUCGAGUAUUACCACUAGAGAACCGCAUAACGUUCACGAACCAAUGAAUAUUCCUGAAAUAAUUGUAACGAAUCUCUCUCAUGGGAAUAAUGAAGGGAACGAUACCAAUGAUACUGAACUGGAGAGGAAUACAAAUGUGCAACUUACAAGCGAUGUUGACGCUGAUGUUAGUUCGUUGGACACAGACGCAAUUGACUCUGAUGACUGAUGUGAAUAAAAUCGUUACAAAAGUUUUCCAAAUUUAAAAGUGUCUUCUAAUGUUUCUAUAUAUUUUAAAUCUUAAAAUUAUCGUAGGAUAUUAAUUUGUAGGAUAUUAAUUUUAUUAAAUUAUUGUAUU